UCAGUAAGGCUUGUGGAGUCGGCGAACCCUGAGGAAGGAGGGAGAGUCUGUAAAGUUCAACUGCGGCGAGAUAAAAACAAAGUCUUACUUUGCACCAAGCCAGAGUAGAUACACUGAAGGAAUUAUCAGAAAAGAAUAAUACAUAGGCUUCAGCAGAGGAGGAAUGAUUGAGCACAGCCUCUCACUGUGCUACCACAACAAACUCAUCUUAGCCCCUAUGGUUCGGGUAGGCACUCUCCCCAUGCGGCUGCUGGCCCUGGACUAUGGAGCGGACAUUGUGUACUGUGAGUUGAACAUCUGCUGCAUACAAGGUCUUGAAGAGGUUCUGGCAGAUGUUUCGUGAGCACUUGCAACAUGCUAGAUGCUGGUGAUGAAUGAAACGGCAUCCAGGCCCCACAGGCUCCUUUGGUGUGGUGGGGAGACUGAAAAGAAAACAAGACAUUUCAAGGGCCAUUUUGCCUUAAUUCCUCCUCUUGUGGCUCAGGCUACCUGGCCUGGGUCCUCAAGGCCUACCUUUGUGUGAUCACAGGAUCCUCCUCAGGGGGUAUAGUCUAAUGUAAAGGUAUGACUGAGGAGCUGAUUGACCUCAAGAUGCUUCAGUGCAAGAGAGUUGUCAAUGAGGUGCUCAGCACAGUGGACUUUGUCGCCCCUGAUGAACGAGUCGUCUUCCGCACCUGCGAAAGAGAGCAGAGCAGGGUUGUUUUCCAGAUGGGGACCUCAGAUGCAGAUCGAGCCCUUGCUGUGGCUAAACUUGUGGAAAAUGAUGUGGCUGGUAUUGAUGUAAACAUGGGCUGUCCAAAAGAGUAUUCCACCAAGGGAGGAAUGGGAGCUGCUCUGCUAUCAGACCCUGACAAGAUUGAGAAGAAUGCCUUCAAGGUCCAUCCGUGUUUUUUGCAGAUGAUCCUCAGCACUCUUGUUAAAGGGAUACGCAGACCUGUGACCUGCAAGAUUCGCAUCCUGCCUUCACUGGAAGAUACCUUGAGCCUUGUGAAGCGGAUAGAGAGGACUGGCAUCGCUGCCGUCACAGUUCAUGGGAGGAAGCGGGAGGAACGACCUCAGCACCCUGUCAGCUGUGAAGCCAUUAAAGCCAUUGCUGAAACCGUCUCCAUUCCUGUCAUAGCCAAUGGAGGAUCUCAUGACCACAUCCAAAAGUAUUUGGACAUAGAGGACUUUCGACAAGCUACAGCAGCCUCUUCAGUGAUGGUUGCCCGAGCCGCCAUGUGGAACCCAUCCAUCUUUCUCAAGGAGGGUUUGCGACCCCUGGAGGAAGUUAUGCAGAAGUACAUCCGAUAUGCUGUACAGUAUGAAAACCACUACACCAACACCAAGUACUGCUUGUGCCAGAUGCUGCGAGAACAGUUGGAAUCACCCCAGGGAAGGUUGCUCCAUGCCGCCCAGUCUUCCCAGGAAAUUUGUGAGGCCUUUGGCCUUGGUGCCUUCUACGAGGAGACGACACGAGAGCUAAAUGCCCGGCGGGCUGAGCUCUUGGCUAGGACCCCAGAGGCUGCACGGGAGCCAGUUGAAGAUACCUCAGGUGUCAUUAAGAUGGCUGUCAAGUUUGACCGGAGAGCAUACUCACCCCAGAUCACCCCCAAGAUGUGCCUGCUGGAAUGGUGCCGGAAGGAGAAGUUGGCGCAGCCUGUGUAUGACACGGUUCAGCGCCCCCUGGAUCGCCUCUUCUGCUCUGUUGUGACUGUUGCUGAGCAAAAGUACCAGUCCACCUUGUGGGACAAGUCUAAGAAGUUGGCGGAGCAGGCUGCGGCCAUCGUCUGUUUGCGGAGCCGCGGCCUCCCUGAGGGUCGGCUGGGUGAAGAGAACCCCUCCUGGCACAAGCGCAAGCGGGAGGCCCCUGACCAAGACCCUGGGGGUCCUGGAGCUCAGGAGCACGCAGUGCCUGGGGAGCUGUGCAAGAAGCUCUUUGUGGCCUUGGGAAGUGGUGAAGAGAGCCCUCUGGAAGGCUGGUGACCAUUGUCCCUACCUUGGUCACUCACUUCAGAAGCCUGGCCAUAAGAUGUCUGUGGGUAUGAACCAGAUGCCACUGGACAAUUCUCUGUUCCUGACAGGAGUUAGGAGGUCCUUACCUGGGCCAUCAGCCUGGAGCACUGGCUAAAGGGUGCCUAAGGUGUAUAUCUCCUUUGGUGGGUUUGAGGAGCAAGGCCAAGUUCCCAGUGACUUCAGUAUUUUCUUUGAAAACGGGAGCUUUUCAUGUGGUACCCCCUCAACCUGACAUUGCUACAGUGCAAUAAAGAUACCCCCACCCUUACCCAUGGCUGGCUGCUCUAGCCCUGCGCAUCUUCACACA